AUGCCGCUCACCACCAAGCUCACGCAACGCCUCGGCAUCCAGCACCCAAUCAUUCAAGGUGGCAUGCACUAUGUGGGCUACGCGCCCCUCGCGGCCGCCGUGUCUAAUGCCGGCGCCAUCGGUGUCAUUACGGCGUUGACGCAGCCGAAUGCCGAGGCGUUGAGGAGCGAGAUUCAGAAGACGCGCUCGCUGCUUCGAUCACCCGACACGCCGAUCGGAGUGAACCUGACUGUACUGCCACAGCUCAACUCGCCCGACUACCCGGCAAUCGUCCAGGUGCUGCUCGACGAGAAGGUGCCGAUGGUCGAGACUGCGGGAUCGCCAAAGUGCGCCGAGCUGUGGGAGCUGCUCAAGGCGGGCAAUCCAGACGUGUGCAUCAUCCACAAGUGCACCACCAUUCGCCACGCGCUCAAGGCGCAGGCGAUGGGCUGCGACAUGAUCUCGCUGGACGGGUUCGACUGCGCCGGCCACCCAGGCGAGACAGACGUCGGCAACUUCCUCCUGCAGCCGAUCGCCGCGCGCAAGCUCUCGGUCCCGUAUGUGACGAGCGGCGGUGUGGGGGACGGCAAGCAGCUGGCGGCCUGCCUCGCAAUGGGUGCGGAGGGUGUCAACCUCGGCACGCGCUUCAUGGCGACGGCCGAGGCGCCAAUCCACGACAACAUCAAGAAGGCGCUGGUGGCGGGAGACGAGAACUCGACGCAGCUCGUGAUGCGCAGCCUGAAGAACACGGAGCGCGUGUACAAGAACGCGGCGUCGGACGAGGUGCUGCGCAUCGAGGCGGAGCACCCGGGGCAGAUCGACAAGAUCUACCACAUUGUCAAGGGCGAAAACUACCGCGCAAGCUUCCAGGAGACGGGCGACGCGCAGUCCUCGGUGUGGUCGUGCGGGCCGGUCAUGGGCCUGAUCGAGUCGGUGCCGACGUGCGACGAGCUCGUGCGCGGGAUGGUGAGCGAAGCCGAGGCCGUCAUCCAGGGGAGGCUCGCGGAGAUGUGCCGAUAGCAGACUCUUUUGACCGGGGGCGUCCGCGUGGCUGGUUUUAUUUAUUGCUGGCACGUAAAAAAU